AUGAAUCAGGCUUUUCAAGCAUUUUCUUUUACAUAUUAGUGUUGCAUAUGGCUUCUAAUGGGCUAUUAGUUGCCUUAUCAAUUAUGAAGUUUACCGGGUAAACGAGUGCAAGCCCUCGUUUGUGAAGAGCAACACAAUAAGACGCCAUACUCGGACUGGCAAGCAUGCGGUUAAGAGUUAUGGAGGUGAAUGCCGCUCGACCUGUGACCCUGCCGGAGCUUUCGUUAAUCUUAAUUUAUUUUAGUUUAAAUUACCAAGCAAGGCAGUGAAUACUGAGAUUUUUAGGUUAUGCUACCUGCCCAAGUAGAGCUAGAAGAAAGGUAAUAAUCUAAGGGUUAGAACGGCGAUGGGAGUUAGCACUGUGAUUGAAUCGGCUAUGAAUUCCCCAUGAAUAAGCCUUAUUUACAGAAGCUGGAAUGAAGAUGAUAAACUUAAGAUCUCAUUAAAUUAAGUCGGCAAAAUCAUUUGCCAAAGGUACUAAUUGCCGGAAAUGCACUCAUAAUCAAAGGCUUGCUAAAAGCAGUUCUAGGCUAUAAAUCUGCAGUAAGCAAUCAACAAAAUAAAAGAAAAUCUCCAACCUCAUGCAGAACACCAAGCACAAGUUCUAGAUCAGAAAUCAAUAAUACAAAAGAAAAGACGUUGAAUGAUUAUCGUGAAAUAAUCACACAAGCAAAAUCUUUCAUAAAUUUAGUUUCUCACCGACAAAAGCUCAGAGAUCUUCUUACUCCCCUUCCUUAAGCGAACAGAAUAUUUUUGUUGGAGAUGGCUAAAAAUUAUUAUAAAUUUUAUAGUAAUUUUUUUUUUUGAAUUUAAAAAAUCCCAAAUGGAAAAACAAAAUUAUAUUUUAAAAUUCAUCACAUUAACUCUACUUUUUGCUAUAAUUUUAUUACUUAUUAAAAAAAAAAUAUAUUAAAAAAAUUUUUGUUUUAGGAGGGUGGAGCUAAGAAGACUAAAAAAACGGCAAAAUCUCCAAGCUUGUUUUUAUUAAGACCAAGUUCUGACAUGAAUGAGUUCCCAACUCUUAAAAAAAGCAAAAAGAACUCAAGAUCGAUAAGCGUUUUAGCAAGAAAUAAAUGCAAACUAGUUCUUGAAAAUAAAAAGCCAUCGGAGGAAUAUAGAAAAAGUGGCAUUUCUUGGGUUCAUUAUCAGCCGAUAGCAAAACACAACGAAACACCUCAUAAUAGGGCAAGAAGUGUCCACCUUAAAACUACUAUUAUUAACGAAAAAACUAGAAGAUCUCCUUCGCCAGAGCAAAUUGCAAAAAAGACUGCUUCUAUAAUAUUUAACUCGAGACCAAUUAGCAAUAACGAAAUAAAAAGAGCGCUAUCAAAUCCAAGGCAAAAUAAAGAAUGCUUAAAAACAGAUAACAUAGAUUCUGAAAUUGAAGAAAGCGAUUAUAUCAAAACAUUGCUAAUUCCAACAUAUUCAAAAUAUGAAUAUGACAACACUGAAGAUGAUAGUCCAACUUCAGGAUUUAAGCCGAGAUAUUAA